CGCGGAAGGCCGGGCGCCCGGGAGGCGGCGCGAGCGCGCGGACGGACCGAGGGCGCGGGGACAUGCGGCCCCCGGGGCGGCCCGCGCUGGCGCUCCCGCUCCCCCUGCUGCUGCUGCCGCUGCUGCCCGCGCCGCGCCCCGCCGCGCGCUUCCACCCCACCUGGGAGUCGCUGGACGCGCGCCCGCUGCCCGCCUGGUUCGACCAGGCCAAGGUCGGCAUCUUCGUGCACUGGGGCGUGUUCUCCGUGCCCAGUUUCGGGAGCGAAUGGUUCUGGUGGUAUUGGCAACAGGAAAAGAUACCAAAGUUUGUGGAUUUUAUGAAAAAUAAUUACCCUCCUGAUUUCAAAUAUGGCGAUUUUGGACCACUAUUUACAGCAAAAUUUUUUAAUGCAAGCCAGUGGGCAGAUAUUUUUCAGGCUUCUGGUGCCAAAUACGUUGUCUUAACAUCCAAACAUCAUGAAGGCUUUACCCUGUGGGGCUCGGAGUAUUCGUGGAACUGGAAUGCUGUAGACGAGGGGCCUAAGAGGGACAUCGUCAAGGAACUAGAGUUGGCUGUUAGGAACAGGACUAACCUGCGUUUUGGACUCUACUAUUCCCUUUUUGAAUGGUUUCACCCACUCUUCCUGAAGGAUAAAUUCAGUUCAUUCCACAAGCGACAAUUUCCAGUUUCUAAGACCCUGCCUGAGCUCUACGAGUUAGUGAAUGAGUAUCGGCCCGAGGUCGUGUGGUCGGAUGGCGAUGGAGGGGCCCCAGAUGCCUACUGGAACAGCACGGGCUUCUUAGCCUGGUUGUAUAAUGAAAGCCCUGUUCGGGACACAGUCGUCACCAAUGACCGCUGGGGAGCUGGUACCAUCUGUAAGCACGGUGGCUACUAUACCUGCAGUGACCGUUACAACCCAGGACAUCUUUUGCCACAUAAAUGGGAAAACUGUAUGACAAUAGACAAGUUUUCCUGGGGCUACAGGAGGGAUGCUGGGAUCAGUGACUAUUUUACCAUCGAAGAAUUGGUGAAGCAACUUGUAGAAACAGUUUCAUGUGGAGGAAAUCUUUUGAUGAAUAUUGGGCCCACACGAGAUGGCACCAUUUCUGCAGUUUUUGAGGAGCGAUUAAGGCAAAUGGGGACCUGGCUAAAGGUGAAUGGAGAGGCCAUUUAUGAAACCCACACUUGGAGAUCCCAGAAUGACACUAUCACCCCGGAUGUGUGGUACACAUCCAAACCUAAAGAAAACUUGGUCUAUGCCAUGUUUCUCAAAUGGCCCACAUCCAGACAGCUGUUUCUUGGCCAACCCAAAGCUACUCUGGGGGCAACAGAGGUUAAACUACUGGGACAUGGAGAGCCACUUAACUGGAUUCCUUGCAAGCAAAAUGGCAUGAUGGUAGAAUUGCCACGUCUAACCUUUAGUCAGAUGCCCUGCAAGUGGGGCUGGACUCUAGCACUCACGAAUGUGACCUAAUCUGCAGCCGAGUGGUUCACGCUGCAGUCACAGCCAAGACCAGGAAAUAUCAGGUUUCUAGAAUUGUAGCACAGGGAGAAAGCAAAUGUAAAAUUGGUCAGGAA